AUGUCGAAUCCGCAACCGUGGGCCAGAUCAUUUCGGCACGCACAGACGGGGCCUCAACCUUGGGGCAAUCAGCCCGGCCAAGAUGCGCAGAACAGUCUCGCUCGGUCAUCCCGACUGGACGUUCCCAAUGUUGUUCGGCCUCCUCCUCCUGCGCGACAGCCCCCCCCGGAUCCAUUCGUUCAGCAAUCACACCCCCGAGCUAUCACCGAGAAACCCCUACACAUCGACCUGACCGAUCCCAACACCCCACACUUCCAGCGCAGCCUCAUCAAUACCCCCAAGAUGGACGGCGUUUUUAAUAUACCCCCAGUUACACCCACUACCUCCGAAGCCCCUGUCGUUGUGGAGCCCGUAAAGCCUUACGAUGGCGCGCUGUGUUCUAGGUCUUCGGUACAGAAUUCGCGAACGAGAAGACGGCUUAAAUUCGCCCCUCAGGCAUGUCCUCCCGCCUCACCGCAGUUUAUCCAGCCCUCCAAGGUUUAUCAGGGGGCCAAGAACGCUUUGACUCCUCCCGCGCUGAGUCGGGGGAAUAGCAGCAGCAGACAAAAGCAGAUUCAGCCUCAAGCAUCGAAAUCGGAUUUUUCAAAACCCAACCCCCGUCGAGAUAACAAGCCGAAACCCUACCUCCUGGAAGCACCACCCGGAGCGCUGAUGUUUCCAAGCUCGAGUGAGUGAGAUUCCGUGCUGCAUGAGGGGGGGAGUUGGGAUGCUGAUAGCGGAUUCUAGGAUGCUCAGAUUUUUUUCCAUGGAGAGGAAACCACCCGGAAGAUCAUGUCACAGAUGCUCAGGCUAGAAACGGGCAGUACGACAAACUGUAUGCUGUGAAGGGAAAUGUCGGUUUGACCAGUUCGAGCUCCCACCGCUAUAUAGUACUUACGGCUUUGCAGAACGAGCAAGCGUCGGCGCGGUCCUCUCUGGUGCCGUCACUUAAGGGAAAAUCGGCGCUUCCGUCACUCUCCUCUCUAUUCCUAACAGUCUUAGAUAAGAGGCAAAAGUAUAACAGGCUUACCACUCCACCUACCUUCAAGCCACCUCCUCGCGUCACACUUCCCGAUAUGAGGCGUGAAGCAUGGCUGCGAGACCUGGCGAGUCCGUUGGUUCCACUACGUAGGCUGUCUAGGACAAUACCUCACGGGUUGAAAGGACCGAUACUCCUGGACCAAUGCGCUGCGAAAUCGAUACCAACAGCACGCGCAGUAUGGUUUGCUCGCUGUGUAGGCGCUAACGAAUUGAGGGGUCUGAAGCGUAAGGGGGUCGGCUCGUUUGCCGUCGGAAGUGAGACCAAAUGGCUCAAGGAGUGGACGAGCCAGGUAAUGCGAUUCCUGGAGAGGACGAUUUCAGAAUUCGGAUCCCCUUCGGAUCUGUGGAAACAAAAGAUGGUCUAUGCGUAGGUUUAUCGUCCCCGACAACCGGUGGAAGCGCACUUUCUUCGGCUCACAUCUUGCUUUUAGGGUUCGGCUUUCUGCCCAUUUGUUUGGGGAGAACUUGCUUGAUAGAACCUUGUUUCUGGAGUGGUAUCUUUCGUACCUGGAAACAUGUUCAUUGGAUAUGUUGCCAAUAGCCUAUCUGUUGUUAAGCAUUUAUUGGGAUGAACUACUAAAGACUAGGAGGUUGGGACGGCGACUUGCAGAAGCCCUGUUGGGGAGAGCCGAGACUGUAGGUUCCCUUGGGAUUUCGGGAUAAGUUAGGAUUUACCGCUGAAUGUUUUGUAUAGAUAUUGGCAGCGGAGGACAGAGAAACAUAUGCCCCGCUUAUGCAAAAAUUGUCGGUUUUAUUGACGGUAAGGCACCGUCUGAUGAAUCGUGCUUGGCGUCUCUACUCUCUUACACUCGUUUUUUCAACAGGAAAUUCUGUUUUCGCACAGGGAGUCCCUGAUUGUCUCGAACAGCUGGGAAUCAUACCAGUCUAUAUUGGAGGCCUGCGUUGACAGGAGGUGCUCAGUUGUGAGAUCGUGCUUGCAAAACAUAUCUCAGAGGAACAAGAACCUACUAUCUCCAAUGCAGGCGAGACAAAACGCCUCUGUCUCAUCUGGCCAGAGAAAACUAAUAAACAUGCUGGACUCAAUAGCAAUGCCCUACAACGUCGAUGAGAUAUGGGAGAAAUGCUGUUCGUUGGAGGUUGAGGAGGGCCAUCUAGUCCGUUGCCUUUGUCAGUGGGCCACCACCUCGCUUCGAGUUGGCAAACAUAGGAUAUAUAUUGUUGCGGGGCUCUUGGGGUGUGCUAGGCAGAGUGGCAUAAGUGUUCAGGACCAUUUGAUAGGCUUCUUGGAAGGGUUUGGAAGUAACGUCAAGGGAAGCAAGGAUGAUGUAUAUCUUCUUGUCUCGGAACUUGUUCGUUCCAGAGCCUUCUCUGUUGCUUUAUAUAUGAAAUGGCUUAUUUCGCGAGGUGUCCUGGCAGAGUGCACGAUUGCUCAGGUAUGCGUCUAGCCCCCUCCCCCCUUGAAACCGUGCCCCGUGAUUGACGUCUAUGUAGGAAAGCCCUUGCCAUAUCCGAUUGCUUGCUGAAGUUUCAGUGACAUCUGCACCAAACCAUAUCCGCAAUUUACGUAGCAUUCUGCUGUCGAAUCAUGGGUUCUCUGUCGAAGAGGAGGCGAGGUCAUUAGAAGUUUCUAAACAGAUCCUCUCCUCGAAAAUGCCCGGAAUUUUCUACGGCGAUCCCCGUGCCGGCGGAUCCGGGGAGAAAUUCACGCAUGAAGAGUUGGCAUACUUUGGCGGGCUAAAUCGGGCGGUCAUGUAUGAACUAGGGCUUUGGAUCAGGGAGAACGUCCGGAAGCAUGUUGUUAAGGGUGCACCGUAGGUUUUUAUCGGGUCCCUGGGCGUUUGUGAGUGGGCUGACGGUGGGAAUGGUUAGUGUUGGUCGGGAUAACUGGAGAGAUCUUUCGGUUGAAGUUGGUAUAACCGCUGUCAGAACUGAGGAGUUUGUCAUGAUGCGGCAGUUACUCGAGAUGUUUAAGGAUUUUCAGAUUUUGGCCGAGGUUUGUUUCUCUCCUUUUUCCUUUACGGUGCCAUGUGCGCUUAAUAGUGUGUUUAGGUUGUAAGAAUGGUUACCAGCUCUGACAGCUCGGCUACCCUUUCGUCUGCCGCUGAUACCGUGAGCUACAAUGUCGAAGUGUUUAGCUCCCUGGGUGCUAUUAAAGGUAACUUGCAGCUACUUUACGAUAGGGUGAGUGUUUUAAUGCCAAAACCGGAUAAAACUUCCAUAAUGUUACGACUUUAUUAACACACUCGGAUCAAACAGUACAGAAAGCUGCAGGUCCGCCGAACAUUGGAAAAGUACGUGCUAGUGUCAUUGGUCGACCUAGCUUCAUUUCCGGAAGCACAAGCAGACAUUCGUCGAGAACUAGAAACCGAGCUGGCAAACUACGACAAACGCUUUCCUCGGGCAUCGGUAGCAUAUUCCCCGGUAUCGGAGAAUAUGGGCGACAUGUUCGAGCAUGGCACAGCUGAUAGCAAUGAGGAAAUUGACCGACUUUUGCGGAAUGGGGCUACUAUCGACAAGCACAACCUAUCAAGGCUUUUCGAGACCAUAGUUUCAAGGAUGGAGACCUCGUUUGAUGACAGGGAGAGCGUGGGAGUAUUGUCUUCUUCCGCAGCGUACUUGAUUAAGCUAAGGCAGUUCGAUCCUCUGGUUUUUGAUGAGCUGAUGUGUGGGUGGGUGACGAGACUGUUGCAAUCUUCUAGCAGACCACCAUUGCUGCAAACUCUAUCUGUUCUUGUCGCUGGGUCCUGCUUGCAGCUUGAUGUGAUUGUUCAGGCGACAUUGUCAGUCCUGAGGCCCCAAGCUAAGGCAAGACCUAAUCCCCGGCAAUGUUGUACGUUUAUUGUCUAAUAAGAGAUAGAUUUCGAAUCCGGCUACUGGAGAGAUUGCCGCCCAGACACUGGAUAUCCUCGUCAAUGACGGUACGGAUGGCUUGAGUCUUUCACCAUUGGAACUGUAUAGCUUGAAACGGAAGCGGAAGCUCUUUGCGUUGAAGUUUGUAGACAAGUUUGUCCAGUUGAUACGUCAAUCUAUCCAGAUCUGCGCUGUGGCAUCCAAUCCGGAUACCAAGAACCGCGUAAGGGGGUUGAUUCUAUCGCCACCAGUUCUGGAGUUUCUCCGCGGCCUCGCAACAGCACAACCUGAUACCCUUAUUUCCGAUAUCGUGGAGCCCCUAUCUAAAACUGGAGAAACGUCGCUGCUACAAUGGCUUCGUGUACUAAUAGACCAUUUGUUGGACGAUCAGGAGAACGGCGGUUUGUACCCGCUCUCUUUACCCCUCGAGUUAGCGGUAGUGGUAGCUUAUAUCGGCCCAGAUAAUACAGACCUAGACCCUGAAGUUCAGGUAGCUCAUCUUAUUCAGUAUGCCAAUGAUUUCUCCAUCGGGUUAUGCCAAUUGAAGAUGCGGAUUAUAUUUGAUGCGGAGAACAAAAAUACUUCGACCUUCAGGUCAAGCGGUGAGUAUACCGGGGGUAGCGAAAACCCACUCAUGAAACCCUUCUUUCAGGGAAUCGCUUCCACGUUCAAGGACCGGGUUACCAUAUGGACCGACCUGGUCUCGGUGCUAAACCAGGAGUGUGCUUACCAGGUAUUCCACGCACAUGUUAAGUGGUUAUGUUUUCCGAUGCUAAAGUUACCGGUGCAGAUUCGCGGGUAUGCCGAGGAGUUGGUUCUAAAUUCUCCCACCUUCCCACCGGUUCGGUUAUGUCUAGGUCCGCUGGAACCAUCACUCGCAGAGGGCCGUGAGAGCGGGGAGACGCUCGCCCGAGCUUUGCUUUCCGUGAUUGAAGCCACUGCGUACAGCAUUCCCAAACAAGGCAUUGCCUCAAUCGCUACGCUGCUGGUGGACAAGCUAAAUAUGAUUAUCCAAUCCAUCACCCUGCAGGAAGACGAAUUGGAGAAGGCCGAACAUGCCGCUGUUCCCGAGGUGUUUUGGAAUGACUCCCUUACGGAGUCCAGGUGCUGGUAUGUUCUUCUCUCUCGCAAGAAAGGCCGACGGCUGAUUGUGAUUAACCGGGUAUUUCAAUAGGCUCCUGUUAUUCCUCCGUAUGAUUGUCUUACAUCGUGCGGCAUUUACCAGCUCGAAAUCUGGAGCUUCGGAUCAGGGCAGAUUGGUCGUUGGACUGUGCACCCUCCUUCAGGUAUUUACCCUCAAUCGCUACUGUCGUUACCAGGGCCUUUGCUGAUGGUGAUAUUCCCCAGCACGAAUUCAUUCAACAAGACGAAGACCUGUUCAAUUUCGUCUUCGAUGUAACCAGUAGCUUUAUCGACGGUACUUUACCCCCCUCUCUUUUUUUUUCUCUAUUUACAAUAACCUACUAAUACAUACUUGAUAGACCUAACAGAAGACACCCGCCUCCAAAUCCGCCGCUUUGCAAAAGCCAAAUGCCCAACAGCGCGAAUGACAUACUUGGUCGGCGGGGGAGAAGCCUCAGGCUCUAUCCUGAAAGCCACCCAGCGCGGGAAAUUGGUCGACUUCCCCGUCAAGCCGUGGGAACGCCUUGCUGAACCGUCACCCGUCAUUGGGGAGAACGACACGAGCAUUAGUCUUACCCUGUUUUGCACGAGGAAGAUUAGGUGUGCAAGAGGCGAUGGUGGUUGUUAGAAGCAAAAGAGGAGGAAGGAAAGGAGGGGAUUGUAUAUGUUGGCGGGGGUUAGGGGUUUUUCAUUUUUUUCUAUUUCCUGGUUUUUUUCUGUUUCUUAAAGAUUAUGAUGCUCUUUUAUGAUACUCCUUUUGGGUUUUUGGGCUUGUGUUGUAUUAUAGUUGGGCCUUUUUUUUCUUGCUCUCUGUGUUGGUUGGUGGGCAUAUUAGCGGGGGAUUGAUGGGCAUUAGUUAUCUUGUGGUAUCAUAUUGGAACCCCAAUACUCGGGGCUUAUGAUGG